UGUCACAUUUGAUUUGUCAAAAAGCUUCUUAGUUUGAUGAGAUCCAUUUAUAGUUUGAAUCUCUAAACUGUCCAUCAAGAAUUCAGCCUUCUAAUGCAACUUGCAUGGGUAUAAACGCAGCUUCCGUCCUGAACCAUAUCAUCAAUGGCGAACCCACCACCCCCCGCAGCUCCAAAGGGCCACCAUCUUCAGAAGCUAAAGCCUUAACCACCACAAUCAUCAACCAUCUUCGUUUGGGUCGACUUGGAAAAGCUGUCUCUGUUUUAUUCUCAGCUCCAAUACCUUUCCCUUUUGCUCUCUAUGCUCAUCUCUUCAGAAUCUGUGCAUCAAAGAAGGCCAUUGUUGAAGUCCGUAAAGUCGAGUCGCAUUUGGUUAGUUUUGCUCCAACCCCACCUGUAUUCUUGCUCAAUCGAGCAAUUGAAGCUUACGGGAAAUGUGGGUGUUUGGUAGAUGCAAGAGAGCUGUUUGAUGAAAUGCCUCAAAGAGAUGGUGGGUCUUGGAAUGCUAUGGUUACUGCUUAUUCACAAAAUGGGUAUGCUGGGAAGGCAUUAGGAUUUUUUUCUGAUAUGCAUAAGUCUGGGGUUUUUGCUGCUGAGGUCACUUUUGCGGGCGUUCUUGCUUCUUGUGCCUCUACCUUGGCGCUUUGGCUUUCUAGACAGGUGCAUGCCCUCGUUCUGAAAUAUGGUUUUGGUGGUAACGUGAUUUUAGGGAGUUCGAUUGUGGAUGUGUAUGGGAAGUGUAGUAGAAUGGGUGAUGCACGGAGAAUGUUUGAUGAAAUUGAGAGACCAAAUGCUGUUACUUGGAAUGUGAUUGUUAGAAGGUAUCUUGAGAUGGGUAAUGGAAAAGAGUCUGUCUUUAUGUUUUUCAAAAUGAUUAGUCUAAAUACGAGGCCGCUGACAUUUACAGUCUCAAAUGCUCUAGUUGCUUGUUCUAGUUUUAGAGGAUUUCGUGAAGGAAUUCAAAUUCAUGGAUUAAUUAUCAAGAUUAAUUACGAAGAGGCUGAGGUUGUUUCGUGCUCUCUAAUUGAUGUGUAUGCCAAAUGUGGGGAUUUAGUGUGUGCUCGGACAAUUUUUGACCUGCUAUCCCCUAAAAAUUUGAUUCAUUGGACUUCUAUGGUGUCAGGAUAUGCCAUGAGUGGGAAAACCAGGCAAGCAAGGGAGCUUUUUGAUAGGAUGCCUGAUCGCAGUAUAGUUUCGUGGAAUGCAAUGCUAACAGGAUAUGCACAUUAUUCACAAUGGGAUGAAGCAAUGGAGUUAAUCCUUUUAAUGUGCAAUAAUACGAGGGACACUGAUCGUGUGGCUAUAAGUUUGAUCCUGAAUGUUUGUGCAGGUCUUUCAGAUCUUGAAUUGGGGAAGCAGGUUCAUGGAUACAUGUAUAGGCAUGGUUUCUACUCCGACUUGUGUGUUGCCAAUGCACUUCUUGAUAUGUAUGGGAAAUGUGGGAACUUGAGAAAGGCUAGAGCUUGGUUUUACAGUAUGAGUCAUUUCAGAGAUAUGGUUUCUUGGAAUGCUUUGUUGAGUAGCUAUGCUCGUCAUAGGAUGAGUGAAGAAGCUUUAGCAAUUUUCUGGGAAAUGCUAGGAGAGGCGACGCCUAGUAAAUUCACUUUUGCUACUCUCUUGGCGGUUUGUGCAAAUAUUUUUGCUCGUGAACAAGGUAAACAAAUCCAUGGGUUUAUGAUUAGAAAUGGUUAUGAUUUGGACAUCGUGAUCAUAGGAGCUUUGCUUGAUAUGUAUUCCAAAUGUCGUUGUCUUGACUAUGCACUGAAUGUUUUCAUUGGGACUCCUGUGAAAGAUGUUGCUCUCUGGAAUUCUCUGAUGCUGGGAUGUUAUUAUAACAAACAAAGUGAAGCAAUAUUGAAAUUGUUUGAGUUGAUGGAGGAGGAUGGAGUGAAGCCAGAUAGUACUACCUUUCAAGCUGCACUGCUUGCAUGUAUUUCUCAGGGUUGUGUGAAAUUGGGUGAACAAUAUUUCAAUUCACUGAGUCGUGAUUAUUUUAUUAUACCACAAUUGGAGCAUUACGAAUCCAUGAUAAAGCUAUAUGGUCUGCAUGGAUUCUUUGAUGAGCUUGAAGAUUUUGUUACGAAGAUGCCAUUUCAACCCACAGCCCCUAUGUUAACAAGCGUUUUUGACUCUUCCAAAGAAUACAAUAACACGAGGUUAGGAAAAUGGGCUGUCAGACAUCUUAAUCUUCUGAAGGACUGAAAUUUUCUAUUUUGUUUUGCUUCAAAGACACGGACAAGGCCUAACUUGUAACAAGGUUGGCCAAAGCAAUUGUCAAUAGAACAUGUAGACACAAGUCCGCUUGUGCACAUUGGAACUUUUUCGGUGUGCCAAAUUGCUGAAUAUUGCUCUGAGACUAAAUAUUUUACUGGAGCCAAAUACUACAGAGAAGCAGAUCUCCAGAAAGUGCUUGAACUUAUGCUUACAUGCAUAAUUCGAGAACAACAAUAUUUUUGAACUGCAAUGCGUAGAAGUUUCUAUUUGGGUGGCCGCUACAUAACUCCUUGAGUCCUUGUGUUAUAAAAGAUGAUCAUUUGUGGUGCCUUUGACAUUUUCAACAAUGAAAUGGCUGCGUGCAGUCGGUCUCUAACAGAUAAAUAGGGAGCAGAUCUUCCUUUUCCUGACAGGCUGGUAUAUUGACCUGGAUAUACAUGGAUAUCUUUCUAAGAACAAUUUGUCAAGAGAAUUUAGAAAAUCUGAUUGGGAUAUUUACAUCAAAGUUUAAGGAGCACUGUAUCAUAAGCUUGUACCUACUCAGUAAGUCUGUGGUCACAUGGCUGAUGAAAAUCAAGCUGUCUUACUAGCUUAAUCUUCUUUCCUCACCUGCAAUAGGUAUCUGUUCGGCCAGAAGCUGAUCGUAACCAGUGAAGAAAGGAAAUCUAUUUAAUCAAACAACAGAUUGAGGUCAAUCUCCUGCAGAAGGUGGAUCUAAUAUUCUGACAAGGUUGCUUCGGAGAAACACCGCACAUCAGGCUUUUCAUUAGAGCAUGGUAGAACUAGUCUAACACAAUCAUGGGCGAAGAAAUUGGUUCUUAAUUAAGAUGUGAUAUAAGUUGUGUGUGGGAAAGAGCCUUUGUAUGUGGAUUGCACUCCAGUUGCUACCAUUGACCCAGCUAACAUGACUACUCAAGAUAGAUGGGUGAAAAUAUGAUACUGGAUUGGGAUAGGCUGAUUUGAGGAUUUUCUUAGUUUAUUUGACCAGAGGACAACAUACGAGCUCAUUGUAGUCCUGCAAGCAGUGGAACAAGGCUGGGUGAUCGGACUAAGUCUAGUUCUAGGUCGUUUCAGAAGGUAAAAAAUAGCAAAUGCAAGGGCAUCCUGGAACUACAAAUAUGCUAUGGGGGAAGGGAAGAUCUUAAAAUUUUGUUUUGUCAAGUUAAAAGUGAUUUUUCACUACAAGUUUGUUUCAUUUAUCUUUCUCGGGAGAAAGAAAUAGUCGAAUUUUUAAGGCUGUAUAAUACCUUCUUGGAGAGUUAAAACCUUUUUUCUGUUGAUACUUUUGCUCAUUAUUAGUGUUGGAUUGGAAAAAAACCAUUUUAUUGCUCUUUUUGAGAUUAGAGGUAAUAAUGUUG